CUUGCUCGGACUUACCAAGCGCAGCCCUGCUGAACUGCCCAUUGCUGCCAAUACAUUGCCACCAUGCAUCGUUCUGCGUGUUCCGUGAACACUCUUUUGCGCAGAACUCGGGCAUCUAGAUCAGUGUCGCAUAUUCGCACGCUGGCGACACCGUCCUCGUCCAAAUCGAGCUUUAGUCAAAAUCUUGCAGAGGGACCCACGCUGGACGACUUCAUUGCGGAUGCUGUGCCCGACAGGAUAGUGCUCGGAAAUACGAAGGGCCCUCGCCUGCCGUCUCACCUGAAGACGUCAAUUCCGAAAGGGGCCUCGUUCACGAAGAUCAAGAAUGACCUCAGAGGAUUGAAGCUGCACACAGUAUGUGAGGAGGCGCGGUGUCCCAAUAUCGGCGAUUGUUGGGGUGGGAAGGAAGGUGCUACAGCAGAGGAGGGGCGGAGUGCCGCAACUGCUACCAUCAUGCUGAUGGGAGACACAUGUACACGAGGGUGCCGAUUCUGCUCAGUGAAGACUUCACGUGUACCACCACCCCUUGACCCUCACGAGCCGGAACACACAGCAGAAGCCAUCAGUCGCUGGGGACUGGGAUACAUUGUAUUAACGAGUGUGGACCGGGAUGACCUCGUGGACGGAGGUGCUCACCACUUCGCGGAGACGAUCACGAAGAUCAAGCAGAAAGCGCCUCAGAUCCUGGUAGAAGCACUCACAGGCGACUUCGGUGGCUCUCUUCCUAUGGUCUCCGUCGUGGCAAAGUCUGGAUUAGACGUCUAUGCACAUAAUAUAGAGACAGUCGAAGCAUUGACUCCCUUCGUUCGGGAUCGCCGAGCAGCAUUCCGACAGAGUCUGAGCGUACUAGAACAUGCAAAGAAGGAAGGUGUGCGUGUCACAAAGUCUAGUAUCAUGCUCGGAGUGGGAGAGACGGAAGAUCAAGUGAUGGACGCCCUCCGAGAACUUCGUAAGGUCGACGUUGACGUCGUAACGUUCGGCCAGUACAUGCGACCCACGAAGCGCCACAUGAAGGUGGACCGUUACGUAGAGCCCGCAGAAUUCGACCGAUGGAGGCAGGCUGCUGAAGAUAUGGGGUUCCUUUAUGUCGCAAGCGGGCCGCUUGUGCGCAGCAGUUACAAGGCGGGUGAGUUCUUCAUCGAGAACGUGUUGCGGGGGAAGGCCUCCGAGAAGAGGGCAAGAACGCUUGUGGCCGCCUCUGAGGUAGGACAGGCAGCACGCACGGUGUCUUAAGGAACUCUAUCCAUGUUACAGUAGAGUUUGUACAUACUGUACCCUUUCGACCAUAGGUUCAGUCACGGUCACACCCUGGCCUUUGAGUUCAAAUGUCACGUGUCACCGGCCGGUCUGAACUAAGGGUCAGUUCAAAGGUCACACCAUUCCAGAGCUCUUUUCGCCAUCUC